UAUAAAACUUUUCUAGAAGAAGAUGCAAUAUAUAUGUUGAGUACUCCGACCGAUUAAUGAAUUAAUUCGAUGCCUGUUGUUUAAAAACUUUGUUUUCAAUGGUAUCAAUAAUGAAUGCAAUCAUGUUUCUAAUAAAAUAUAUCAUGCUCUUAGCAGAGAUUUUAUUGCUUGUACUGAAAGUUCCAUAUUAUAUUUUUAACGAUGUAUACAGAUUAAUAAGACCAAUAAAAAAAAAGAGCGUAGCUGAUGAAAUCGUUUUGAUAACGGGUGCAGGUCAUGGUAUCGGAAAGGAAUUAGCGAUUGGUUAUGCUUCAUUAGGAGCAACAGUGGUAUGUUGGGAUAUCGAUGAAAAAAAUAACAAUGAAACAAUGAACGAUAUUAAAAAAAAAGGAAACGACUCUGUGUAUGCGUAUCAAUGUAAUGUAGCAGAUGUAAAAGAAGUUUUCAGCGUAGCCAAAAAGGUAAAAGAAGAAGUAGGUGACGUAACUAUCUUAAUUAACAAUGCCGGCACAAUGUGUAUUAAAUCUUUACUGAAACAUAGUCCUGAUGAAAUUACACGUAUCAUAAAUGUCAACGUGACAGCGCAUUAUUGGACAUUGAAAGCAUUCUUACCUAGUAUGAUCGAAAAGAAUCACGGUCAUAUUGUGUCGGUUUCAUCUAUAGCAGCAUUUUAUAAUUUUCAUUAUGGGACAAUUUACUGUCCUACAAAAUCCGCAGUUCAAGCAAUUAUGAAUUCUGUAUCGGAUGAAUUACGUACAUUCAGUGACAGAAAGUCAUCGAUUAAAUUUACAACCGUUUAUCCAUUCUUCGUACAGACCGGAUUUAUUAAAAACAUAUAUUUUAGAUUUCCAUGGUUAAUACGAGAACUUUUACCGCAAGAAGUGGCUUUGUCAAUAAUUAAUGCACAAAGGCAAAAUUGUAAAAAUCAAACUAUACCUUCAUACUGGUUAUCUUUAUAUAAUGCAGGAAGACAUUUACCUAACAUAGUAGAAAAAUACAUGCAAGAUUUUUUAUCAUAUUUUAUCAAUAUCAAAACAUACGAUGUAUAUGUAAUAUAUAUAUAA